AUGAAGACUUCAAGCGUCGUUUCGCUCCUCAGCGCCCUUCUUUUGGUAGGCACCACCCAUGGGGCCCACUUGAGGUUCAAAGGCAGUGCGCCCGUCUUUAGCCGCCAUCUUCGUGAAGAGUGUGACUCCGAUGCCGAGACUGACACCUGCUUAAAAAACACAGCCUGUGUCCAAGGACAAUGUCGAAGUCCACCUGGAUCAAGUUGCAGCGAACACGGGGACUGCACUUCUCUCUACUGCGGAAACAACGGCUUGUGUGCCACCCUUGGCAUUGACGAUAAGAUAGAAUGUUCCUCCAACAGCGACUGUAAUGGCGGAUUGAUUUGCGGCCACGGGCGUUGUCGCGGUGACACCGGAGCAACGUGUUAUGUUCCCUAUGAUUGCGCUACCUUGACCUGCGACUCGUUCCAGCAGACGUGCGAGGCUCUUCAAGUCUGCCAAGAAGGUUCGGCUGAAACUUUUGAAUGCCCUGUUGGAUACCAGUGCCAGGGCCGCGACGGGGCCUACCGCAAGCAUUGUCGUCUUCCCGUUGGCUCCUCUUGCCAAAACAAUGACGAUUGCGUCACCGAUUCGAACUGCAACUCCGGAGUGUGUGCCCAGAUUGAGCCAUUGCAAAACCGUGGCAAUGAUUGUCAGUUGCCAUACAAUAACAAGAACGGGCCCAACUAUGUCCAAGCUCAGUGCCCUGUUGGACAGGUUUGUUGGACGCAUACGUGUGAUCCACGCACCAACUCGUGCAAUGGAAACUGUGGCCGCAACCGUGGAGAACUCUGUACGGAGAAUGGGGACUGUGCCGAUGGAAUUUGCAACAUUCUCAGUCGCAUGUGCUACCGGUAA